AUGAGUGCCGGCACAACAGAUGAUUGGAUGGUGCCAGCUGUCGAGGCAGGAGAUCGAAAAGUGCCAGGGCCAGAUCGUAAGGUGGGAUUAGGUCGUGUGGACAUCCGGGAACAUGUGUGUACACGAAUGAAUGGUGGGGGACCCGCCUGUCGCGCCCGCUCCGCCCUCGCUCUCGCGCCGGGCUUGGCUCUCACUCGCGCUCUUGGUCGCGCUUCCGCUCUUGCACUUAGUUCCGCUCUUGCCCUUGGUCCCGCUCUCGCUCUUGAUUUCGCUCUUGCACUUGGUUCCGCUCUCGGCUCUGGUGCUCGCUCUCACUUGCGUUCUUGCGCCCCACCCAUCACCACCCACACCACGCCCUCCGCGCCCCACACAUCACCACCCACACCACGCCCUCCGUGCCCCACACAUCACCACCCACACCACGCCCUCCGCGCCCCACACAUCACCACCCACACCACGUCCUCCGCGCCCACCCAUCACCACCCACACCACGCCCUCCGCGCCCCACACAUCACCACCCACACCACGCCCUCCGCGCCCCACACAUCACCACCCACACCACGCCCUAAGCGCCCCACACAUCACCACCCACACCACGCCCUAAGCGCCCCACCCAUCACCACCCACACCACGCCCUCCGCGCCCCACACAUCACUACCCACACCCUGCCCUCCGCGCCCCACACAUCACUACCCACACCACGCCCUCCGCGCCCCACACAUCACCACCCACCGCGCCCCACACAUCACCACCCACACCACGCCCUCCGUGCCCACCCAUCACCACCCACACCACGCCUUCCGUACCUACACAUCACCACACACACCACGCCCUCCGCGCCCCACACAUCACCACCCACACCACGCCUUCCGUACCCACAUAUCACCACCCACACCACGCCCUCCGCGCCCCACACAUCACCACCCACACCACGCCCUCCGCGCCCCACACAUCACCACCCACACCACGCCUUCCGUACCUACACAUCACCACCCACACCACCCCCUCCGCGCCCCACACAUCACCACACCACGCCUUCCGUACCCACACAUCACCACCCACACCACGUCCUCCGCGCCCACCCAUCACCACCCACACCACGCCCUCCGCGCCCCACACAUCACCACACGCACCACACAUCAGCCAUCAACACCACCACACCAGAACGACCAAGAAGACUUAAUCUCAGCCUUGUAA